UCACCAGUUUAUCGGCUGCCAAUUUGCGCAAACCUUCGUGGAAGUUCAACCUGGGCUCGGCUCGAUUUUAAAUCUGCUCAAACUGCGACUCGAUCUCGACCGAUGCCUGCCGGAAGGGUCCCACACCCGAAACCCACAAACCCACCGUUGACGGACUGGAAGGCGUGUUCGGAACCUGGCUCCCGAGAGCCAACGGCGACUGGCCCUUAUAAACCGACCAUGUGUUCCCGGUCUUCGCCACAUGUUUAUUAACAGACAUGCAUCGUAUCCCGGCCCUGUGCAUCCUUCUGUGUCAGCACCCACUACCCCAUGAUCCCAUGAAUGCCCUUGCCAGUUCUCGCUCGAACUCCCUCAGGCUUGCUUGACUGAGUCUACUCAUCCUCUGGCCGGUUCCGCCAGGGACGAGCCAACUCCCAAACCUCCAUUGCAGAAAGAACGAACAGAGGGACCGUGCUGCCCGCCAUGGCGCUCACGCCGCGGCACAUCCAGAACUUCUCCGAAGCGGCCUCGCUCGAGCCGCACUGGGGCUACGCCGACCGCGCUGUGCCAUGCACCAACGACCCGGGGUCAUGCGCCUACCUCGACGUUGUCUACUCUUCCCACGACCAGGGGAUGGUUUACACGGGCAUCUUCUGGUUGACCGUCCUGGGCAUCCUCCUCGUCUGGGCCCUCGGCCGCCGCAUCUUCCCCGCCCAACAAGACGACGGCACCUCCCUCGUCACCCCACAACAACAAACUCCCCACGAACCCGAAUCCCAACUGGUCCCUAAGCGACCGCGGGGGACAUGGUGGCACGCCUUAACAUCAGCGUUGCGCACCCACCUCCUCCGCCCGUCCCCUUUUCGGUCCAUCUUCGGCCACACGACGCGGCUGCAGGUCCUGAUCCUGCUGAUACUCACAGGGUACUUGACGAUCUGGACGUUUGCGGGGAUCGUCUACUCGCGCUGGAUCACGCCGAUCAAGGGUCAGCCGGCGGACGUGGUCAACACGCGCACGUCGUUAGGCCCGUGGGCCGACCGGAUCGGGGUGCUGGCGUACGCGCUGACGCCGCUGUCGGUGCUCCUGGCCAGCCGCGAGUCGCUGCUGAGCUUGCUGACAGGUGUGCCCUACACGAGCUUCAUGUUCCUGCACCGCUGGACGGGGUAUAUCAUUCUGGUUCAGAGCCUCCUGCAUACGCUUGGCUGGACCCUCGUCGAGGCUUGGCUGUACCGUCCGCAACCCACCGUGUGGAACACCUGGGUGGGGCAGACGUAUGCUAUUUGGGGGUUUGUAGCGCUGGGCUUAUUGGUGCUGCUGUGGGUGUGCUCGCUGCAAGUGGUGGUAAGGAACGUGACGGGGUACGAGUUUUUUCGCAAGGCGCAUUACGUGCUCGCCAUGGUGUACAUUGGCGCGCUGAUUGGGCAUUGGCAGCAGUUGCAGUGCUUCCUGGUGCCUGGGCUGGUGCUGUGGUUCGUGGACCGCUUGGCGAGGCUGAUCAGGACGGGCCUGCUGCAUUAUGGGUAUAUCACGGAAAAGGGUGCCUGCGGGUUCGGGGCUGUGCCGGCGAGUGCAAAGUUGUGGAGGGACGAGAGGCUGGGCCAUGUUGUCAGGCUCGACUUUGACCACGUCCAGGCGCCCUGGAAGGUUGGACAACACUUCUUUGUGUGCUUCACCGAGGGUAGCAUCUGGCAGAGCCACCCAUUUACGCCCCUGUCGCUGCCUGUGCCGGACGCGGCGGGCAGGGUGCGUCAUUCGUACAUCUUCCGCGCCAAAGGGGGCGAGACGAGGAAGAUUGCGGAUAUUCUUGACAAGAAGAUGGCCGCGGCAACGGCAACGGCGGAUGAUGGUGUGGUGCCGACUACGCCUGUUAUUCUACAGGGUCCGUACGGCGAGAGUAUCGUCGAGGGCCUCACGCAAGAUACCAAUGUGCUCUGCGUCGCGGGCGGCACCGGUAUUACCUACGUGCUCCCAGCCCUACUACGGCUGGUAAGGGGGCGAGUGAACCCAGAGAGGAGGAUCGAGCUGAUGUGGGCGGUCAAGAGAAAGCAGGAUUUGGAAUGGGUCGAGCCCGAAAUGGAGGAGCUCCGCAGGCUGGGGGCCGCUCACGGCCUCCGGAUCGGGACAUAUGUCACGGCCGAGCCGCGUUCCCCACUUGAAAAGGAGGGCAAGGUCGUGGACGAGAAGAGGACAGCCGAGUCCUCUGAGGAUGAUGCUGACAGCCGAAUAUCAUGCGGAAGCGACCAUGAGCAGAGACCGGAUGUGGAUACGGUCGUGAGGAACUUUGUCGACCGGGUGGCGCGGGGUGCUACUCGUGUCAUUGGCAGUGGACCGCCGGGCAUGAUUGCGGAUUUGAGGAGCUCCGUGGCCGGGUGCAAUUCGGGCGCGAAGGUGUGGAGAGGAGAGGAGCGGUUCGAUGUGAGCCUUGUGUGCGAUGACCGGCUGGAGUGGUAGAUACCCUUUUAUGAAGUCUAUACCCCUGUUUAUUCAAGUUUAUAU